AGCUCAACUAGGCCCCGCCCACUGUUUCUGUUUCCACGCCUUUAGAAAACGGGAGCAAGCGGCGCGAGGAAAACAAGGCGCCUGUGAUGUUUAUGCGAUGCGAGCGAUUCAACAUUUGCUUUGAAAAGAAAAAUGAAGCGGCGAUCUAGCCGAAGGUGAUGUUCCUUCAUAUGUCCUAACCACUGUGCCAGCGAUGGAGGCGUCCAGCCUGCCUGCAGAGCUGUGGCGCCUUAUCCUGGCCUAUUUACCCCUGGCUGACUUAGGCCGUUGUUGCCUGGUAUGCCACGCAUGGCGGGAACUCGUGCUGAGCCUGGAUAGCACGCGCUGGCGUCAGCUUUGUCUGGGCCUCCCAGAGUGGCGGCAUCCAAAUUGGCCACGCAGACCUCACCUGGCACCGCCAUCCUGGCGUGAGGCUCUGCGUCAGCAAGCCCUGGCCAGUCGCACGUGGACACAGAACGGAGCCGAGCUCCACUCGUCUACCUGCCUGCACCUGUUCCGGCGUAGGAAGGACAGGAAAGUGUGGCAUGUUGGCUCCGUGCCCGGACACGGCUAUGAGACACUGAGAGGGGCACUGGCAACUGCUGGGCCAUACGAUCGGUUGCUUCUCCACCCAGGUAUCUAUGAGGAGCAGGCAGAAGUGACUCUAAAAGUGCCUGUUGAGAUUGUAGGGAUGGGGAAGCUUGGUGAUGUAGCUUUGCUGGUGAGCUUUGAUCAGCAGUGCCCGACUGCCAGGCUGUGUAAUCUGGUUUUGAUGCCAGCAUGGUUUUCGCCAGUGGUGUAUAAGACAUCUUCAGGUCAUGUCCAGUUGGACAACUGCAACUUUGAGGGCUGUCAGUUGCAUGUCAGAGGACCAGGCACCUGCCAGGCUCGCUUCUGUUCCUUUGCCCAGGGAAGCUCCGCCCACUUUCUAGGUGUGGCCAUCAGCCUAAUGGACAGCUGUGAGUUUUCCGGUGGUGACUCUGCCUCAGUUACUGUGGAAGGCCCACCGGUUUCGGAGCGCAACUGGGCUUGUAAACACCUGGCUGCUUUGGCUAAAAUGUUAACCGUCUCAACUGUGAGUGGCCUGGACUCAAAAGACAACCUGGGUGGAGUCAGUCCCAGAGAUUCUGUCUUAGAGGACUGGACUAAACAAGACAUGGACUGGGAAACUGGCUGGACCAAAUCGAAACCUCUUAAUGGAGGUCUGCUUUCAGGUCAGGAGGGCACGAUGAUUGAGGAUGACAGCAUGGACACAUCGAGUGAAUCCGGUGAUGAGGAAAAAGUUGAGAAUGGAAAUAACGUGGGUUAUACACUCUCCUACGAGCAGCAUGGUCUUGCUCACCUCUCGGAGCCACGGAAGCCAGAUUUUUCCAUGUUUCCUGUGCUGCUGAGCCUAAGUGCAGAGCUGCAGAGGGACACAGAUGCCCAGGAGCUGGCAAAUUCAGUGCAAGGGUGCUUACUGCACCACUGCCUGCUGCGUGAUGGCAAAGGGGGCGUUCAUCUGUGUAACCAUGCCCAGGCCAGACUGGAAGCCAACAUGUUCCGUGGACUCAACUAUGCAGUGCGCUGCAUUCAGUAUGCCAAGAUGGUGAUGUUGCGCAACGAAGUGAGUGGGUGCCGAGCAUCUGGUGUUUUCCUGCGGCUCUCUGCUCAAGGCCUCAUCGCCGAAAACAACAUCCACUCGAACGGCGAAGCAGGACUCGACAUACGCAAAGGAGCCAAUCCCAUCAUCCUGUGUAACAGAAUCCACAGUGGCCUACGUUCCGGGAUCGUCGUCCUGGGCAACGGGAAAGGUUCCAUCCGCAGCAACCAGAUCUACGGCAACAAAGAGGCCGGAGUCUACAUUCUUUUCAACGGCAAUCCUGUGGUCAGCGGGAAUCACAUAUUCCAAGGUCUGGCUGCCGGCAUUGCUGUUAACGAGAAUGGAAGAGGACUGAUUACUGGGAACGUGAUAAGGCAGAAUCAGUGGGGUGGUGCGGACAUCCGUCGAGGAGGUGAUCCAAUCCUGCGCAAUAACUUCAUCUGUCAUGGCUACUCCGACGGAGUGGUGGUGGGGGAGAGGGGAAGGGGUCUCAUCGAGGGCAAUCACAUCUACGGUAACAGGGGCUGUGGGGUGUGGGUGAUGUUAUCGAGCCUUCCGCAGUUGAUCGGAAACUACAUAACCCAUAACCGCAUGUACGGGCUGGCCGUGUUUUGCCGGAAGGACCCGGCAUUUUCAGCAGGCAGUGAGCGAGGAGGAGGAGGAGGAGGAGGAGAGAGGGAGAGAGGAGGCCAGGAGAACUUUCACGAAGAAGGCGAGCUGCUAGCUUGGGAGAGCGACAUGGACAGUGAAGACGAGCGAUUCUCAACCCGCCGCCCAAUCACGGUUGCUUUAGUGGAGAAUAACUGCAUAAGCCAAAACGGAGCGGUGGGCGUGUAUGUGAAAAGCAGCGAGGCGCUAAAUGUGGUGGGUAACAUGGUGGCCAGCAACCGGGCGGCAGGCGUGGCCAUCGUUCAGAGUGCGCAACUGACGCGACUCGUCAGCAACUGCAUCCAUGGCAAUGGCAGAGCAGGAAUCACGGUAGACCGGGAAUGUCGAGUGGAGCUCCGAGGCAAUGGCAUUUACGGUAACAGUUACCAUGGCGUUUGCUUCCGUGGUGAUGGGCAGAUCAUGGAAAACGACGUAGCCGGGAACGGGGCAGUCGGGAUACGGCUGAUAGAAAGCACAGAUGUAAAAGUUCUGAGGAAUCGUGUGCAGUCUUUGCGUGGUUGUGCCAUCUCUAUAAGAGAGAGGGUUCGAGGUGUGAUCCAGGAAAACCUGGUGUACCAGGGCUACCCUGACAACAAUAAACCGCACAUAUACACCGACCCGCUCAACCAAGAGUGUGUCGUACUCAGCAACACUCUGCUCACACACAGACCAAACACAAGCUGGGCUUUAGAAAACCCACCGCCUCGUCCAAUCGGCAGCAAUCCGCCGAGCUCUGCGCCUUCGUCGCGCCCUGCCCAUCUCGCCAUCAGCAUGACGAGCCGUAUCACUGCCACUGUAGAGAGCGGCUGCCAUAACAACGGCAGCAUCUUCUGUUGCAUUCUAUGAGGUUCAUUUUUGCACUUGGGAUUAAAAGCACUUUUAUUAGGACCCUGUUAUAAAUAAAAUAUGGACUUAGUAACUGACGUAGAUGAAAAUGCAAUGGAUAUAUGCAUGGUGGUCUGGGAAAACCUACUGGAUCUAAAACCUUGCAGAGGAUCUGUACACAACAAAUGUCAUGCUUCAGUCACAUUUUCGGAUAUCUAGGUGCUGUAGUGAAAUGGUGAUUUAUUUUGUAAUGAAAUGAAGGGUUUUCCCAGGCUGCCAGCUGUAUUUGAAAGAUUAUGUUAUGUCGCUGUUGUAUUCUGAGCAGUUAGUCUCACAAGUUCCAUUCCUGAUAGAGCGCUCUGGAUCUACUCCUCUAACACAAAGUAAGAGGACACACACACACACACACACAGGGUCAAAAGAAGACUUCAGUUACUGAAACGACUUUGGAGUUACCGCAGGAUAGAUGUGAUACCCAGGUGCACUGGAUUCAGACGUUUUACAGACAACCUUGCUGAAAUGUCUGAUUCCCUUUCACUGAAGCAUUGAAGCUUAAAAUUUCUCACUUCUUCAUGUAGACAGGAUAAAAAGCAGUUGAAAAUUAAAAGCAUGGCAUACUCAGAAAAAAAAAACCAAGAAUCCCAAAGUUCAUGAAUUUUGUCACCAUGGACACAUGCAUACAGUUGCUAGAUAGUCAUACGCUGAAUAUGAAAAUAUAUUAUUUCCAUGUACUAACCAUGGACUUCCCGUCCGUCCCGGGUGACGGAUUGGGCCCAGAAUAGUUGGUAAACAGGUGAGGUGCACUGUGGGAUUUCGAGUCCUGCUCGUUCCUUUCGCUGAGCAACUGACGGAGCAUCAGCAUAUAACAGGCUACUCCAUAGCAUGAGGUGAUGUUAUUCAGCCUCAGCAUGGCCCUUUGAGGUUUAUGCUGCUGUGCACAUUUCGGAGAUUUUUUUCCCCCUCCCUUUCUUGCAACCUGGCAACCGCUCAGUAAAUAAGUGGUAGGGAAAUCAUGGCUCAGUGCUUAAAGGUGUCUAAUCUUUUGAAUCGUAUCCUGUUUCAAUGGUAAAUCUCUCUCAAUACAAUCUUUUGCCAAAUGUAUAAAUGCAAGCAAACCAUAGUAGACAAUCUAUAAAAUAAAAAUUUUUUUUAUUAUCUCCUAGGUUUGAAAUGUAACCGAAUCAAACCUUCAAACAUGUCAAGAUUUUCUCAGCUGUAUUCAUUCACAAUUGUUAAAGAAACAACCCUCUUUUUUUCAUUUUUGCCCUUUAUCUUAAAUAGUGCAAUAUGUGAUGUUGGAAAUGUGCCUAUUUUUACUGUAUGCCUUUAUUUUUUAUACAUGUUGUACAGCCCGAAUGAU